AUGUGCCAGCCCCGCCCAGCAACAGCAACAAAAAACAACAAACAGGCUCAGGCACUGGAUUACGAUUGCGAGAUGCAGGGCCAGCAGGACAUACCGCAGGCCAUACAGCUGCUGGGCGAGAUGAACAGCAAUGUGAAGCAGGUGACGGAUCUGGUCGAGGGCAUGCUGCAGCGCGUCAAGCGGGGUGAGCUGAGCACAGAGUAUGGCCUGAGCUUUCUGGAGGUCAAAUAUCACAUGCUGCUCGACUAUUUGAUUAACCUGACGUAUGUGGUGCUGCGCAAGUGCUCCGGCGAGACCAUUGAGGGCGAUCCUUCCAUUGAGCGUCUGAUUGAGAUACGCACGGUGCUCGAGAAGAUACGGCCCAUCGACUAUAAGCUGCGCUAUCAGAUCGACAAGCUGGUGAAGACGGCGACCACAGGCGUGUCGAGCAGCACAGAUCCCAUACUCUACAAGCCAAAUCCGGAGGACAUGCUCAGUGCUGCAGGCGCUGAUGAUGAGGCGAACGAUGGCGAUGGGGCAGCCAGCGACAGUGACGAGGAGGAGGAGGACGAUGAGGAAGAAGGAGGAGGAGCUGCGAAAAAGCCACGCAAAGCGGCCACAGCUGGCAAAUCGGGCAUCUAUGUGCCGCCACGCAUCAAGCCCGUCUACUACGAUGGCGAUGAGCGCGAGGCAGACAAAGAGAAGAAGGCCCUGGAUCGUGCCAAGAAGCGGGCCAUCACCUCAUCGAUGCUGCAGGACUUGAAGGAGGAGUAUUUGGAUGCGCCCACAGAGCUGUCGUCGGGCUCGCGUGCCCAGCAACUGCUCUCGCAGGCGCAGAAGGAGAAGCAGGAGUACGAGGAGACCUACUUGAUGCGUCUGCCAGUGACUAAAGCCGAGAAGCAUCGUCAACGCAAGCUCACCACAUUGGGCACUCUGGGUGAUGAGAUACUGGGCGAGAUAAAUCGCGAGUCGGCGCUGCGUGGCGAUGGCUCAAGCAGAAAACGCAAGUUGGCCAAGACACGCGGCAAGGGCAAGAAACGUGGCGGCAAAAAGCGAAAGUUCCAUUAAUACAGCGACGCCCAAAUGGACUAAAGAAGUUUAUACGAUAUAUAACAGAGAAUAUUAUAUAUCCCUAGUGACAGUUUUCCAUUAACGAUAUUUUCUAUAAUUCUAUAAUUUGCUUUACGUUUUCAUUUAGUAUAAUUAAAGUACAU